UGAUUGGCAAGAGUUAGAGAACGAAGUAACGCGGCGGAGCUCAAACAAGGCAAAGAAUCCAUAUAACGAGAACUGUUUCCUCGAUGGGCCCAGGAGGCAGGAAGAAAGAAAAUAAGAUAAAAGAAAAACAGAGAAAAGGAAAAGGAAAAGGAAAAGGAAAAGGAAAAGGAAAAGGAAAAGUAGAAGAUUGUGGGGGAUGAGAAGAGAAGAAGAAGAGGAUAGAGAGAGGAAUUGGGGAAAUCCGCUGACUAUCUGGGCCGCUUUUCUUUCACUUCUCCUACACCAAAACUACGCGAUUAAGAAGCACUGCUAUUUUUGUAUCUUUUCUCAAUAAAAUCAAACAAAAAAGUACACUAUGCCUGUCAGUGAAUACACACCUCAACUGAAUUUUCUCAAAGAUUCAGCCUCUUCUUUGAACAUUUCGAGCCCUUCGACCGCGGCUCAUCUGUUGGCUGGCCAUAACCACAUUCUACAUAACGAUUUCAAGUCAUUGAAUCAGCGCCACCAGGAAUAUUGUUGUGGUGCUUGCGGUACCAUCAGAAGUCCUGAGACAAGCAAAACCAUCCAGAUCAGGAAAAAGAAAUUAAAGCGUACAGGAGUCUCUACAGACGGAGCUACAAUUUACAAGUGCCUCCGCUGUCAUCGACGGACAGUUAAGCCGGUUCGGAAAGAACCUGUCCGUUCCAAGGUGCCAGCCAAACCUACAACGACAGUAGAAGAAUCUAUCUCGACUACAGCAACUUCAACAGACAAGACGGUCUCCGAACAGUCUGCUUCUUCUGAGCCAGCCAGCAAGACAGCAGAGAACGCCAGCAGCAAGAAACGGGCCAAAGCACGGAAACAGGGAGGACUACAGGCAUUGUUGGCUUCCAAGCAGCAGUCUCAAUCGGCAUCUUCGUCCCUCGAUCUGUUUGAUUUCCUGCAGUGAUCAAUUAGUCCAUCGGCCAAACCUGCUUUUGAUACCUUUUUCUCUGUUUAAUGCCAAGACCGGAAAAUCGGCCGUUGUGUUCCGGUGUCUGAUUACUUUUUUUGGACUAGCGCGGGGCCCCAUCC